AUGAGUAAUGCAUACUUGGAUAGGCUAGAUGAACAAGAAGACCAGAUGAAUACAACGCAGUCUCUAGCAUUGGAAGUGUUGGAUAAUCUUGAAGAGCUCAUUAAGACUGCUGAAGACAAGAGUGUCGAGGAUGAUAGCACCGGAUUGAAUGUACUAGAAACACUUAGGAGUAAAAACAAGGAACUUUUGAAGAGUAUCACAAUGACCCGAGUAUUACAGCUCAAUGCUACGGAAAAAAGAGCAGAGCUCUUAAAGAACCCAGAUUUAACAACUAGCAAACUAUUCCUCUCUCCAGAUGAUAGAAACCAUCCAGAUAACCUAUUUAACUACUUUGAGGAAGGCAAACUGCUUCAUGAAACUUGGAUGCGCCACUUAUCAUUGAUAUCGAAUCUCUCUGAUGACUUAGUUGUGAAACUGGAGAGCCACGAUGAUAGUAAUUUGGUUGUUACAAACAAGGACCCACUACCACCAGUUCUCAAGAACACAAUAAGAAAAUACGAAGAGCUUGGCCCUGAGCAGCAGCAUAUAGAAGAUAUUCGUGCGGCGUUAUUCCAAUACUUAGAUGAUAUAAAGGCAGGAAGGGCGAAGUACGCCUUGGAAAAUAAGUACAUUUUGAAUACUUCGCUACAGGAGAUCACCAAAGAAGUCUCUGAAUGGUCACAGAGGUGGACGAAUAUAGAAAAUACGUUGUUUGGUGAUUCUCCGAACUCUCUCAAAAAGCUGAUUCAAAAAGCCGAUGAGAUAAAGGAAUUGCUAAGCUCUGACUCUAUUGAUUCUUCACCUGCUGUUUGA